AUGCACAUCGGACCAGUAUCCUCUCUCGACACCACCGUACCGCCAAACCCAUCUCCGGAUGGUCUAGGCUACAACCCUAGAUGCAUCAGACGCGACAUCAAUACACGCUCAUCAUCGGAAACAACCGACGCUGAUGUCGCCGAACUAAUCACAGCCAGCGCCAACAUCUCCGCUUUCCAAGACACGCUCCAAAACCCUUCUCCUGGAAAACUUCGCGUUCACCUUGGUGGCCAUCAGACAAUCGCCGGUGACGCGGGCUCAGACUUCUACAACUCUCCUUCCGAUCCAUACUUCUGGCAUCAUCACACCCAGAUUGACCGAACUUGGUGGAUCUGGCAGAACCAGAAUUUGGAAGAUAGGCGAUUUACCAUUGCUGGAACGCUUACGUUUCUGAAUACCCCGCCGACGAGGAAUGCGACGCUGGAUGAUGUUAUGACAUUCGGCAAUUAUUUGGGCUUUCCGAAUAUGACAAUAAGAGAGGCUUCCAAUAGCUUGCCCAACCUCUUCGACAUCCCCGUCAAACCUUCGCAUCUCUUCUUCGCCAAGGUCGACCUGUUUUAA